GAUGGCGGCGGCCGUAACAGCCGGUGUCCGAGCGGGCAUGCGGCUCCUUUGGGCCUGGCCGGGCCCCUUCCUCGCGCGGGGCUCAGCUUCAUUAAAGCGGUCUCUACAUCUCGGGAGAAGCAGAUUCAGAGCUACCAAAUUAGCACCCCAAAUUGUACUAAAUGUUCCUGAAACAAAGGUGUCUUCUUUGGAAAAUGGCCUGAGAGUUGCUUCUGAAGAUUCUGGGCUUUCAACAUGCACAGUGGGACUUUGGAUUGACGCUGGAAGCAGAUAUGAAAAUGAGAAGAACAAUGGAACAGCUCACUUCCUGGAGCAUAUGGCUUUUAAGGGAACAAAAAAGAGGUCUCAGUUGGACCUAGAACUAGAAAUUGAAAACAUGGGAGCUCACCUUAAUGCUUAUACAUCAAGAGAACAAACUGUGUAUUAUGCAAAGGCUUUCUCAAAAGACUUGCCAAGAGCCGUGGAGAUUCUUGCUGACAUCAUACAGAACAGCACGCUGGGGGAGGCAGAGAUUGAGCGGGAGCGAGGCGUAAUCCUUCGAGAAAUGCAAGAAGUUGAGACCAAUUUACAGGAAGUUGUCUUUGAUUAUCUUCAUGCCACAGCUUAUCAAAACACAACACUGGGACGGACCAUCUUAGGACCCACAGAUAACAUAAAGUCUAUUAACCGCAGUGACUUGGUGGAAUAUAUUACAACACAUUAUAAGGGACCCAGGAUGGUACUUGCUGCUGCUGGAGGAGUCGCUCACGAUGAACUGCUUGAACUAGCAAAGUAUCAUUUUGGUAACUUGCCAUCUGUUGUAAAAGAAGGAGCCCCAGCCUUGCCCCCUUGUCAGUUCACAGGCAGUGAAAUCCGAGUACAAGAUGAUAAGAUGCCUUUGGCGCAUAUUGCGAUUGCUGUUGAAGCAGCCGGCUGGUGUCACCCAGACACAAUUCCUCUUAUGGUGGCAAAUACGCUGAUAGGCAACUGGGAUCGUUCUUUCGGAGGUGGUGUGAAUCUGUCCAGUAAGCUUGCUCAAGUUGCGUGUCAUGGCAACCUUUGUCAUAGCUUCCAGUCAUUCAAUACGUGUUAUACAGAUACUGGACUAUGGGGCGUCUAUAUGGUUUGUGAGGGCACCACCAUAGAGGAUAUGAUGCACUUUGUUCAGAGAGAAUGGAUAAGACUGUGCACCAAUGUUACUGAAAGUGAAGUAGCGCGUGCUAAGAAUCUCCUAAAAACCAACAUGCUACUACAACUGGAUGGGUCCACUCCCAUUUGUGAAGACAUUGGACGACAAAUGCUGUGUUACAAUCGUCGAAUCCCAAUUCCUGAACUUGAAGCAAGAAUUGAAGCAAUUGAUGCUCAAACCAUCAGAGAUGUCUGCACAAAGUAUAUUUAUGAUAAGUGCCCUGCAAUUGCUGCUGUGGGGCCACUUGAACAACUCCCUGAUUACAACAGGCUCCGUAGUGGAAUGUACUGGCUUCGUGUUUGACCUUUAUUCAUAAAGCUUUCCUAGAGACCCUAAUGAAUGCUUUGGGGAGAUCUGCAAUAGCUCUCUAGACGCUGAAGACUAGCAAAUUGAUUUUUCACCCUUGGCUAAAGCCUAAUUUUGAUGUUCCACAACAAAUCGUGUAUGCUGCCUCCAUGGAAGAUGACAAGCCUUUAAAGAAGUACAAGCCAAAGUUGGCUAUUAAGAUUUUGUUUUCAGUUCCUAAAAUUGGUUGUCCUAAUGCUAUUAGUUUGAAGUCCACAACUUACUGCAGCCGCAAAUAACCAUACAACCAACUAUAAAUAAUAGAAGUCAUGUUCUGUAUUUGCAUUUUUAUUAUAAAACAAAACACUUAUCGAUUGUCA